AUGUUCCUAGCUAGAAUUUCUAGAUACUUAGAUGGUUGGCUAAGAUUGAGUAAGGUGGAGAAGACUUAUGAAAAGUUGUUAGACUUCAUAGUAAGGGAUCAAUUUUUAGAUAUCUGCAAUAGAGAACUAUAUCAGAACCUUAGUAGUAAGAAGUUGUUUUCAGCCCGAGAAGUAGCGGAAGAUGCAGAUUUGUUUGCCAAGACUAGAGGAGGUCCGAAGUAUGUAGUGAAUCAUGGAAUUAAAGAAAGAGCUAAGCCUUAUGCACUGCCGAGUAGACCUGUAGAUAGAAAUCAAGGUAGUAGUUAUCGUAUGCAAAGAGGUAACGAUAGACUCGUAAAUAGAGGUAGAGCAUCUCAGCAGUAUGAAGGUUAUAAAUGCACAUAUUGUGGUCGUUUAGGGCAUACAGCAUUUUUCUGUAGAAAUAAGGCUACAAAUAAAGCUAACGCAGCGGAAGACAUAGAACCGAACUCAAUGAAUCCAAGUAAGAAUGAUAAUAGUUAUCAGGGUAAUAGAAGGCGAGGAGGUUAUAGAGGUAGGAGUAGAGGUAGAGGAAGAAAUAGAGAUGCAGAUUCGAAGAUUUCGAUGCCGAGAUCAGAUAGUGGUAGUAGUUUGAUAGAACGUGGGGAUUCUGAAGACGUGGGUACAGUUACUAUAAAUUCAUGUCCGACAACUAGAGGUAUAUGUAAUGGUAAAGCUAUAGUUGCAAUGAGAGAUACUGGGUGUACAUGUGUCAUAGUACGAAGGAAUUUGGUGAAUGCAAAUCAAUUGUUAGGGAAGUCCAGACGAUGUAAGUACAUUGAUGGUAGUGAGCACAGAUUAGACAUGGCGUUAAUUGAUCUGGAUUGUCCGUAUUACAGGGGUACUGUAGAAGCACUAUGUGUAGAUAAUCCUACAAAUGAUGUAAUUAUCGGUAACAUAGAGGGUGCUGUAGAACCAAAUUUUGGUAAGUCAGCUUCAGCAGUAGAAACAAGAUCGCAGAGUAAAGUUAAAGCUCAUAGAAGACUUAAAGUUCCUUCACAGAUUUUAGACAUCACUAAUGUAGAGUUUGUAGAGAAGCAGCAGGCAGAUAGUUCAUUAGAUGGAUGUAGAAAGAAAGCAGAGGAAGGUACUGACAGAAACUGUAGAGGUAAAGGGCAAGUGAAGUUUCAGGUCAGGAAUAAGAUGUUGUUUAGAGAGUUUACGGCAGGAAAUGGUGACGUAAGUAGGCAGUUAGUAGUUCCUAAGGAUCUUAGGGAGACUGUGUUAAAAGUAGCGCAUGACUCGCUUUUGGCAGGACAUCUUGGUAUUAGGAAGACAAGUGAUAGAGUCUUAGGGGAGUUUUAUUGGCCAGGUGUUCUUGUAGAGGUUAGACGAUAUUGUCAGUCUUGUGAUAUUUGUCAACGUAUUAUUUCUAAAGGUAGAAUAAGUAAGGUAACUUUAGGUAAGAUGCCUUUGAUUGAUACUCCUUUUAAGAGAGUUGCCGUUGACAUUGUUGGUCCGAUCGAACCUAUGACUGAUAGGAAGAACCGAUAUAUUUUGACCAUGGUAGACUAUGCUACCAGAUAUCCUGAAGCAAUUGCAUUGCCUAGUAUAGAGACUGAAAGAGUAGCCGAAGCAUUAGUUGACAUGUAUAGUAGAUUAGGUGUUCCAGAGGAAAUGCUUACAGAUUGUGGAUCACAAUUUACAUGUACUUCACAGAUUAUGAAUGAGGUUAGUAGGUUGCUGUCUCUUAGACAGUUAACAACUACACCGUAUCAUCCGAUGUGUAAUGGUUUAGUGGAGAAAUUUAAUGGUAGUUUAAAGCAGAUGUUGGAACGGAUGUGUAGUGAAAGACCUACAGAUUGGGAUAAGUAUUUGAAUGCUAUGUUGUUUGCGUAUCGGGAAGUUCCACAAGAGAGUUUAGGAUUCUCGCCAUUUGAAUUGUUAUAUGGACGUAGUAUAAGAGGUCCAAUUACCAUUUUGAGAGAGUUAUGGUCAGGAAAAACAGAGAAUGACGAAGUUAAGACAACUUAUCAGUAUGUAGUUGAUUUGCAAGAAAGACUAGAAAGUACAUGUAAGAUAGCACAGCAGGAGUUAGAGAAGAGCAGUAUUAGGUAUAGAAAGUAUUACAAACAGGAAAGCUAG